UGCUGACAAUCGCGUUUUUGUAUCAAUAAGUGUCUACAACCGAUUAUCUUCGGAUCACGUACUUACGUGAAAUCGGCAUCUCGCGCACGCACGUUUUGCGCUCUAGGACGCUGAGAUAGCAGUUUUUUAUCGUAUCUGCCCCGGAGAUAUGGCUCCCCACAUAUGCUUAUAAAGUCCUAGAAGACCCAAGAAGUGAGUAACGAGUUCUCCACGAUCAAGUGAUCAGUAAUGUAAAAUUCAAGUUCAGUGGUUGUGACAAGUGUUAUUCUUUGGUCGAGGUACUAGUCAAACGCGCAAUGUGCGGCAACUGGUGGCUGGCUGUGUUGGCGGGCCUGUGCCUGGUGGCGAGCGCCGAGGCUCGGCGGAAGGCCAAGCGGGACGACUUCGAGAGCGCCAAGUCCCUCGAGGACGUGGACUAUGACGAGGACGUUGAUGGGGUGGAGCCAUGUCAAUGCGGCGUGUUCAUGUCCCAGCAAGUGGGCAUCAAGGAGGGGCGGCGGAGCAGGCCGCGUGGGCCUCCGCAGGGCGAGCCCGUCGUCACCUACGACACCGACGCGCCCAGCCUGCCCUGCGGCUCCGCGGGCUUCAAGCACUGCAUCAGCAAGUGCCUGGACGUGAUUCUGAAGUACCUCCCUCGAGCGGGCCCCGUUAUCUGCGGCGCGGUGGAGCGCGACGUGCACCGUGAGAAAGCGUUUCUUUUCAUCAAGAACUGCGGCGGUGAUUGGACUCCCACCAACUUCUCGGCCGGCAAGGAGUUCUGUUGCACGGAGGGCCAGCACCACAAGUGCUGACCGAUACUGGAGAACCGCGCACUUCGGAACGU